CCCCGCCAGGAAACACCACCUGCUGCAACUGUGAACAACUUUUGUCUCGACUUUUCGAUGUCAAUAUUCCAUCCUGGCUUAGAAAUGGCAAGUGUAAGUCUCUUGCUUUAUUUACGGGAGUAUUUUCAGGCGUCACGGAACUUUGGAUGUAAAAAGAUGUUGACGGUGAGGAUGCUGGGGUCGGUGAUGGUGCUGAUGGCGGGGGUGGAGGCCCAGGCUGAUGGUAGCUUCUGGUGGUUGCAGAAGUUCACAACACCCACUCCCCCCACCACCACCACCCUCCAUGAGGCUGUGUACUGCGAGUGUGUCAAGUACUUCCUUUGUAUUGAUGGUGUCAUCAGCACCUCAGGAGAAGGUCUGCUCGACAUCCGCUCUUCCGACGAGUUCCCGCCAGUCACCAACGUCGACAAGUGUCCCAACGAUUUCGACGUCUGCUGCGGUCUUCCGCCAAAUCAAACAGCAACAACAGCCACCACUUCCCAGCCAACACUGGCCCCAGACACACCCUGUGAGUGCGUUCCUUUCAUCAACUGUACGAAUGACCGGCUAGUGAGUGACGGGCUUGGCAACACUACACUGGAGUUAUGGGGCCUCCAUUUCUCCCACUCGAAGUGCCUCCAAGUGUUGUCUGUGUGCUGUGCGCUCGACGCUGCCACAGCGGGCCCCACCCCACAGACCAGCUCCCUCGCCACAAAGAACUGUGAGUGCGUGCAAUACUUCCAGUGUGAUGAUGAUGGCUACAUCAUCACCCAUGGCGUCGGCCUCUUAGACGUUCGAUCUGGGACACGUCCCCACAUCGAGCCUCUCGCUAAUGGAGUCUGCGAGGACCCAAGCCUGGUCUGCUGCCUCCUUCCUCAAGACUAUUCUACCACCGUCAAUGCUACUACCACCAUCAAUACAACAACCGCGGAUGCUACUGCCACCACCACUCUCCCGACUACUACCACAACCCAGGAACCUGCCCCCAGCUGCGGUACGAGAAAUUCUGAUGGAGUACAAGUGCGCAUCCUGGGGUUCCAAGGCGGCGAGAGUCAGUUCGGAGAGUUUCCUUGGGUGGCGGCCAUGCUGACCCUGGAUCAGCUCAUGGGCAUUACCAUCAGAAGGUUCGUCGGGGGAGGCACUCUGAUCCACCCUCGGGUCGUCGUCACCGCCGCUCACAAGGUUUUGGGAUAUAAUGGGGGUAUCCUGAUGGUGAGGGUUGGAGAGUGGGAUACACAGGCGGAGAUUGAGCCGUUCCCUCACCAGGACCUGGAGGUGCAGGAGGUGGUGGUCCAUCCACACUUCGACUCUCGGUCACUUCACUAUGACAUUGCCCUUCUCUUCCUCAAGGAAGAAGCUCAGUUGAUGUCACACAUUGGCACCAUCUGCUUAGCUGAGGACCUUAGUCUGGUCAACCACAGUGCCUGUGUCAUCAAUGGAUGGGGGGUCAAUGCCCUUCAAGAUGGAGAUUACCAGAAGAUCAUGAAAAGUUUGACGAUUCCAUUGGUUAAUCCAAAGAAUUGCGUCACUAGCCUGCGAACUACGAGGCUUGGACGAUUCUUCCGGCUGCACAAGUCUUUCAUAUGUGCUGGAGGAGAGAAAGGCAAGGAUGCCUGUAGAGGAGAUGGUGGUGGACCCUUGGCAUGUCCCCGAAUAGAUAACCCAAAACGGUACAUGUUAGUGGGCAUGACUGCCUGGGGCAUUGGCUGUGGUGAAGAUGGUAUACCUGGGGUAUAUGUCAGCAUUCCUGAACACUAUAAUUGGAUCAACUGGCACAUCUAUAACCGUUAUCCGACUACAACUACCUCGACCACAACUGAAAGGCCUUCAACUCCACACUAUUUGCAAGAUUUAAAAGAUGAUCCAAUGGGUUACAAUACUAAUGCUAAAGACAACAACUGUGAAAUCAAUCUUCUAACUUAUAUAUUGAAGAAGUAUCAAAAUGGUAAUGUCAUUAAAGAAUGGUCAGAGAGCACAGAACAGUCAGAUGUGAAACAGACUGGAAGAGAACAAUACUUUGAAGAACAAGCACAAGAACAUAGGGUACAUCGUCACAGAGAAAACAAAAAAGGCUUUUCGACAUCAGGAAAGGCAGCGAGGGGGAAAAAGUAGGCUUCAAGAGGAAAAAUAGAGCCAGAUAAAGAAGGCAAUUGGAGAGAUGAGAAAUAAUUACAAUUUAAAAAACAGCAUGUGAAAGUUAAAGAAAUAACUAAGUAACUGUAGAAAUACGACUGCUAAAAACCAUUAAGUUUUAGAGAAACAUUUGUUAAAUAAUGGAUUGUUGAAAUUCCAGGCUAGCACAUAGUACACUUAAUCAUCUUUAUAAUUCAAAUGUACAAUGUUAGGUAACUAUUACAUUACAGUAUAUAGUUUAAUUGCUACAAAAGGAAUAUAAUAACAUUCUUACAAGUCAAAGCUAUGCAGCUUAUCCUUAAAAUAUUGAGAUGAAUUAUAAAAAUAUUCUUAUAAUCCAGCUUCUACUUUUAACAGUAAGUAAGUAAGUAAGGAUUUAGUUUAAUGUUUGAUUUAUUUUUUAUUUUUCUAAUUUCAUGCCUUCCCGGUUUGGUGCCUUCUUUUGAUAAUUACUUACUUUCUAAUUACAUUUUUGUAUAUUCCAAAUAAAAUUUUAUAUUUUUAGCUUGUAGGUGUCACAAGCUAAACAACAAAUUCACAGAACUGGAUAUGGACAAGACUAGGAUCAUGUGCUCAAUAUAUACUUCCACUCUUUGACUUAAAAAUACAAAUCAAAAUCAACCGUUGCCCAAAUAUAUAACUUGUAAGUUUUAAAUUCAUUAUUAAGGUUACUUAAUUUGAGCCAUAAUGCAUUCUAUUAAAUAAGUUUAACAGAUAGGGAAACCAAAAGUGAGGGAAUUAAAUACUGUCAGCUAGUGAUGUAGAAUAAAUUUUUUAUUAACAUUCAUAUUGUGUAAAGUUUUGUACAUUAUGGAGGUUCCAUAAGGUUAUUACAUACUUGACCUUGUCUCUAACAACAGGACCUGAUCAAAAUCAUGCUCAACUGCAAUGUUAGUUUUCUAAUCGCCCUGCUUGUUCCUUGCUCUUUUCCCCACGUUUACUCAUCUUAAUGGAGCAAGUAUUUGGUAUUAGUGACCUGUUGCUGUUUCCUUGUAUGCUAUGUCUGACCUGUGAUAAUCUUGUGUGAUAUGUUGACCAAACCACACACUAGAAAGUGAAGUGACGACGACGUUUCGGUCCGUCCUGGACCGUUCUCAAGUUGAUUGUUUAGACGUUUUAUUGUGUGUAUGCAUGCUGUCUAUGUUCUCUGUAUUCCGUCUAUUUCGGCAAUCCCUCCUGCUCUGAAGCGGAAAGUGAGUAUCGAUCAGUACUCAAGACGGGACAGCAAAAGUUAUUUGAAUAAUAUGAGCAUUGUGAUGGGAUCCCUGGAUUUGAAGGUUCUUGUAAUCCAUCCUAUUAUUUUUCCAGCUGACACUAUUUGCUUGGUUAUGCUCCCUAACCAUUAGAUUGUCAGAUAUCAUUAAUCCCAAAUCCUUUACAUGUUGCUUUUCUACACCUUUCUCAUACAUCCUCGUUGCUAUCCCAUACUAUAUACUUACACCAGCUGUUCGAACACUUAGGUUGAGAUAAUAUUGAAUGUUACCGUUUGUAGAUUUACAUUAUUAUUGGGACAUGUGAUACUGUACUUAUAUCAAGCACUCCAAUUGUAUCAUCACUUAACCUGUCUUAUAUCAAUAUUGUAUCUGCAAAAGAUUGAAGAUAUUUUUCAUUAUACAUUGUUAAACCAACAUUAUAUACUGUAUUACCUGUA